AUGGCCGCGCCCCAGAGCUGUGACAGGGGCCGAGUGGCCUCCACCCUCCGCUACUGCCUGUCGGUCUGCGGCACCGUGUUCCUGAUCGCCGGGACGCUCUGCUUCGCGUGGUGGAGCGAAGGAGAUGAUAAGGGCAUUCAGCCCAGCCAGCCGGCCCCGCCCACUGGGCACCCUGCGCCCGAGGCCCCCCGGCCCCUGCUCAGGUCCAUCAGCUUCUUCUGCUUCGGGGCAGGCGGCUUGCUGCUGCUCCUGGGCCUGCUGUGGUCCAUCAAGGCCCAUGCCUGGGGGUCACCCCGACGUGACCCGUAUCACCUCUCCAGAGACCUGUACUACCUCACCGUGGAGCCGUCGGAGAAGGAGAGCAGGACCCUAGAGCUGGUGCCCAUCCCCACUUACGAGGAGGCCAUGCGCUGCCCGCUGGUGGAGGGGCCCCCGGCACCACCUGCGUACCCCACGGAGGAAGACUCGCCGUGCGGCGCCUCAGGGGCUGCCCUGCUUGGGGGCCCGCCUGCCUCGCCUCCGCCCAGCUACGAGAGUGUCAUCCCUGCCACUGCUGCCGGCCCCGGAGAGACAAUGCCAGCUGGUGCAGGCCACAGUGGGAGGACAGGAAAGGCCCCUCACAGGCCCUGA